AUUUAGUUUUUAGUAAAAUUUAUAGUAGUUAAGUAAACGACAAAGCAUCUGUGUUUGUUACCUAAACAUCAGUGCUGCUAAACGUAUUCAAGUGGAGGGAGACUGUUGAUUGUUUUUAUUUUUGCCACCAAAUUUUGCAAAAAAAGUUAAAAUGGAUUCGUUUGAUGAUUUAGAAGAGGCUAUAGUGGAGUAUAUGGAUCGGGGUAUAGUUUUGAUUAUAGCCGAUAUAUUAAGUUUGAUCACAGUCUCCUCAUGUUUAUUUAUAAAAAUUCCUCAAAUUAAUACAAUAAGACAGAAUAAAUCAUCACAAGGCAUUAGCGUCUUUGGCUUAUGUUUAGAACUCUUCAGUUACACUGUCAUGAUGUCCUACAACUAUACCAAUGGCUAUGAAUUUCUUUCUUAUAUGGAAUAUCCCAUCUUACUCCUACAGGAGUAUGUUUUAGUUUAUUUUGUUUUUAAAUAUCAAAAUCUAUUGGGUCUUAAGACUAAACUCAUCGCUGUUUUAUAUGUCAUCAUUGCCACACUCAUCUAUAUGAAAUUAUUCCCAGUUAUUAUAUUACAAUUUUUAGUGCCCUUCUGUACACCCAUUGGGGCCACUAGUAAAGUCUUACAAUUAGUAGCUAUUUUAAGAAGCAAAGAUGCCAGUUCUGUUAGCCGCACCACCUGGGCUUUAUCAGCAUUUACUAAUUUCACUCGCAUCUAUACCGUUUAUGUGCAAUCCCAUGACUGGAUGUUAUUAUCUAAUUUCAUGAUUUCAACUUUCUUAAGUUCUUCCGUGUUCGUAGCCGCUUGUGUUUAUAAAAAGAAACCCAAGAAGGAAUAGAAUCUAGGAAUUCUAUCACAAAUUUUAUUUUUUUUAAUUAAAAUUAAUUGUUUUAAUAAAUUAUUUAUCUUUUAAUUUUAUUAACAAAAGACUAAAGUAAUAAAACACAAAUAAUGACAUUACAUUUUAACGAUAAAA